AUGUUUAAAGUAAUAGCAUAUGGUCUUUUACUGGUCUGUUUACUUGUCUAUUGUGCUUAUCAAGCUAUCAUAAACCGUAGCAAGAUCUCGGGAUUCAUUGAAUAUGUCACUCCUCCUAAGUACUCUCCAAAUAACCCAAAAGUAAGCACUGUAUCGAAAAAGUAUAUUACCCCGAGAAUUAAUAAUGCAACAGAAAUAAUUGAUUUUAAUAGAGAUUUUCCUGUCCCAUCUUUGCCUUUUCGGUUAGAUGAUACAGAUUUGCUGAAGGCUGAAGAACUGACAUGUGAGCCGGAGUCUUUUGGGUAUUCUAGAGAAAAAGGGGAGCUAGUUUUUCCAGAGUAUAUUUACCCAAAAUGUUCUCAAGUAAACAACCAAAACGACACACGCUUAAAAAUCAAUGACGGAUUUCUUUAUAUGGACUGUCCUGGAAAAUUUAAAGGGAGAUAUGUGACUGGACCAGUCAAUAGUCAGAAAUUGGCAACCCAAGAUGAGCUUUAUGACCUUUGAGAAGUCCACGACUACAAAAAGCCUGCAAAGCUCUCUGAAAACACAGAAUUUGCUAUUGGUUCAUGUGAAGAAAACCCUACAAAAACUUACAAAGAAGCUUACAUGACCCCGAAUUUCAAUGAGCCAGCCUAUAAAGAAGCAAAACAAAAAGUCACAGGUAAGCCAAAGAUCAUAUUUUUGCUGACCUUGGACUCAGUAUCUAGACGGCACUUUUUCAGAAAGCUUCCAAAGACAAUAGAAUAUUUAAACGGACUUAAUAGAAAAGACGAGUAUUUUGUAUUUGAUUUUAAGCUGCACAAUAUUUUAGGGGCCACGUCAGUAGGCAACCAGGUGCCGAUUUUUGGUGAAAAAGAAAAAUACAAUGAAGAUUAUGGCGGAAGUAAAAAUAUUGAUUAUAUAGGAGAAACUGCUUUAUGAAAUAUAUUGAGGGAGCAUGGAUAUAUUAGCUUAAUUGGCUUAGAAAAUUGUGAUAAUUAUUUUCCUAAGUCGUUAGGAAGAAUUCCACAUGCGGAUUAUGUGAUAAAUCCGUUUUAUUGUGCUGUUUAUAAAUAUACAGAUUAUAAACUUGAUAUAGAAUUUGCAUUGAAGCAAAGAUGUUUAGGAGCUUAUAUGACUCAUUAUUAUGCUUUAAAUUAUACUUAUAACUUGGCAGGGAUGAAUCAAGGGGUAAAUCAGUUUCUUUAUCUGCAUUUAAAUGCUGCCCACGAAGCUACAGGGCUGCAUGCAGCUACACUUGAUGAGGAUUUGCCUGAUUAUUCUUUUUUCCUCUAAAUUUACCUAGAUUAUACCUUAUAAUAAGUAAUUUUUUUUAAAAAUACCAGUCAAUUUAAUGCAGUUUAUAUAGAAAAAUUUUUAACUUCUUAUGGCAAAACUCACGAUAUUUCAAUAUUUUUAGGUGCUGACCAUGGCAUGCGCUAUGGAGACUGGUUUAAAGAGCUUUCCGCCUAUCAAGAGCAUAAGCUUCCAAGCUUAUUUUUAAUCACAAAUAGAGAAUUUUUAUCAAAAUUCCCAAAUGCUUAUGAAGCUUUAUCAAUGAACACCUUAAGAUUGACAUCAAAGCGUGAUAUCAGAAAAACCCUGCUGUACAUGGCAGGAAUUGAUGAAAACACUGAAUUUGGGGUCAAUUUAAUGAAAGAAAUCUCUCCUAAAGCCAGAACCUGCAAAGACGCAGGUAUCAAACCAUUAGAAUGCUCCUGCUCUCAAAUGCUACCAGUUGAAAACCCUGACCCUGAAUUUAAGCAUUUUCUAACCAGACUGCAAAACCUUGUAGAAGUAACCAUAAAUGCUCAGUCCUAUGCAAGUCCUAUACACAGUAAAGGCUCUAUCUGCCAAAAAGUCUAUAUAAAUCAAAUAGAAAAAGCUUAUUCUCUACAAACUUCUAAUGUCGAAGAAUUUAUCCGCAUUGAAAUGUCUGUGAUUGGACACCCAAAAGUAAGGUUCCAGGCAACUAUCUUUGUGAGUUCUUAUUAUUCUGAUUUAUUGACGUAUUCUUCUAUGAGAUAUAACUCAAAUGCUGAGGUGUUUAGGUCUUCAAGAGUAAGAAGCAAAAUUAUUAAUAUUUCGAGGCUUGAUAAAUAUGCAGGAAAAUGCGAACUUAUUGCAAUUAAUGCGGGGCUUAGAGCGGAUACUUGUUUAUGUACUGAUGAAGUAUUAGAAAAUAUGCUUGUAAGGGGUAAAUAGGAGAAUUAUUUGGAUAAAAAAAUAAUUUUUAUAUUAAUAGGUAGGGGAGGAUAGUUAA